GUUUUGACACAUGGGUUAGCUUUCAGAAGGAAUUGACACUCAGUCAAAAAUUUAUUUUUAAGUGAUUAUUUGAUUAGUUUGACAACUUAUUUCUUGAUUAAUGAUAAUACUUCGAUAGAUCUUCAAGGUUUUCUUUCCUGACAUGGAGGAAAUGAACGGAACUGCUGAUAAGGCUUCCAGAGGCUAUGCUACUGUACCACAGAAUGUUGACCAGACCCCCGCAAACAGUACGAGUAAAAAAACUUCAGCUUUUUUGAAAUUGACUAGUCUCAUAACAUUGACGAUACAAAAUGCAUUGUUGGCAUUAAGUUUACGUUAUGGCACAACACGUUCUGGCGACAGAUUUUUCGCUUCAACAGCCGUACUCAUGACUGAAAUUGUGAAGUUUUCCAUCUGUCUGCUAUUGGUGUAUUUUGAGAAAGGGAGUUUUAGCAAAUGGAAAAACUGUCUGUACCGCACUGUGAUUCAGAACCCUCUGGAUACCCUCAGAGUGGCAGUUGUGGCAAUAUUGUACGUCGUCCAAAAUAAUUUACUGUAUUUGUCUGCUGCGAAUCUAGAUGCUACCACCAAUCAGGUCACCUAUCAACUGAAAAUCCUGACAACAGCAGUGUUCGCAGUCAUUAUGAUGAAACGAAGGCUGCUCGCACUACAAUGGAUGGCGCUGUUGGUGCUUGUAAUAGGAAUUGUUCUUGUGCAAAUUACAGAAUCCACUGAUAAGAUCGGCAAAAACAAUCCUGACCAAAACAGGCUGAUAGGAAUCGCAGCUGCUCUGGGAUCUUGCUGCCUGUCAGGUUUUGCAGGAAUUUAUUUCGAAAUGAUCCUGAAAACUUCAGACAUUUCGGUGUGGAUUCGUAAUGUUCAAUUGAGCUGCCUCUCCAUGCCAGCUGCGCUAGUCAUGUGCUUCUUGAAGGACUUUGAAAAAAUCAGAGACAAAGGAUUCUUUUUCGGCUAUGACCUUUUUGUGAUCUAUUUGGUUCUCCUCCAAGCAGGUGGGGGUCUGAUUGUGGCCGUAGUUGUGAAAUACGCUGACAAUAUUUUGAAAGGGUUUGCAACGUCUAUGGCAAUUGUCAUUUCUGCUGUGUUAUCAGUUUAUCUGUUCGGAUUUGAGAUUUCACUUAAGUUUGUAUUGGGCGCUGUACUAGUCGUUCUGUCUAUUUUCAUAUACAAUAUGAAACCUGUGAAAAAAGAUCCUGUCAUUCAGCAAGAUACGCCCAAAGCGAUUGCUGACGAUAAAGUCUAGUAUUUUACCAAAAUCUCUGCCAAACCCUACCUUAGUGAAAAGAUAAUAUUAGUAAUUACCUUGUUCCUUUGAAAUUUUAUUUUUUUUUUCUAAUUUACACUUAGAUGUAAAUGAUUUAUUUUUAGUGCAGUAUGCACUUUUUGAAGGAAGUACUUAUACACUCUUUAAAAUUAUUCUUUAAAUUUAGUAAAUUUAUUUAAAUUGAAUGACAAUAAUCACCGUAUAUUUAUCGAAAUAUUAGUAAUUUCGUGAAUUAUAAUCUUAGGAAAAGCCAUAUUUGUUUCAAUUUUUGAAAAAUGAAUUAGAACAUUCGAGCUCAUCAUGUUUUAUACGUUUUUCACAAGAUAUGACAGUAUUUGAAAAUGAAUGUUUAUAUGAAUAGUUAGCUCUGAUUUUUUUUAGAAUAUAGAAACACUGCAUAAUCUUGAAUUAUAUUCAAAAACUAUGUUGAAUUUUAACACUGUAUUGAAUGAAAUCGAAUAUCAAUUUUGAUCAUCCCUAGAUUUUUUCUGUUCUCUUAUAGUAUUUCAUUGUGUAUUUGAGAUACCGUUGUAAAUUUAUAUUUUUGUUUUGAAUGAUUCACAAAUAAUACAAUAGAUAGAAAAUAAAGAACAGAUGUAGAGUCCAGUACCUUUCAAAUCUCUUUCCAGAGAAUUCAAGUUAUUCUCUAUGCCAGCAAGUGAAAUCCAAAAUUAUGUUUAUUAUUAUAUAUUUUUAGUAUAUCAGAACAUUCAAAAUUGUAUUUGUUCCUUCCUUAGAAUAAUAUACUAAAAUUACUAUAUAUAUAUAUAUAAUAUAUAUAUAUAUAUUAUAUAUAUAUAUAUAUAUAUAUACUAAUACUGAGAUAUUACUCUAGUAUUAUGAGAAAAGUUGAGUUGUUUAGGAUAAAAUUUUGCAAUGUUUUUAAACCUAUAUUAGUUAAUUGAAAAGUUAUAUUCUUGUACCAAGUAAAAAAUCAAAGUUUUUCACAUAUUAAAUCAACUGUCGAUUUGUGGUUCCAAAAUCUAGUAUUUCCAUUCAGUAUGGAUAACUACCACAAUAUAACCUUCACAACUACUCAGAAAUUCAGAAAAUGUUGUUACUUGUUAAGUAUUAAUUGAUUUAGAAUUAAGUUGAAAAGUGUGAAUUUACAUUUGAAGCAUGAGCUUGAUUAAUUAUUUACAUUGAUUAUUUAUUAUUGUAUUGAUCCAAAUUAUUUUUAAUGCCAUUUUAAGAAGUUAGAUCGUAUAAAUUAGGGACCAUAAUAAGAUCAACUUGGACUGAUUUAUUUUAGAUACAUUUAUUUUUACGAUCAUUGACUCAUUGAAUUACAUAUACUGUAUUCAUUGUAACUCGUGCUAUUAUAUAUUAAUUGUUCUCGCCAACCGAUUGAAAAGCUACUCUUUUUCAAUUGUAAAAUGAAAUUUUUCAACUGAACGGCUGAUUCCCGGAUUCUGUUUACUUAUAAAAACAUAUAUAAAUCAAUAUACUCAGCCUACUGGUCUCAUAUUAAUUUUUGUAUUGAGUAUUGCUAAUAAAUAUUCUCAAUUUAUCAUUGAUAAUUGUCUCCAGAAUAAUCGAAAUCUUAACGGUUUUUAUCGAACGUCGAAGAAUCAAGAUCGAUCGAUUGAUAAUUUUCUAACAACUAUUUUUUAAGAUUCCUUUGGACAUAAAGUUUGAAAUUCACUAAGCAGCUGUUUUCUAUUUAAUAAGUGGAGUGGUGGGUAAAGUUUUUUGCAAAAAGUGCAGAAAGAGCUCAAACAUUUUGCCGUACUCAGCUGAGCUUAACGCUCAUCACAUUCGGCGAAGAGUAGUUUAAAUUAGUACAAAUCGAAAUUUAAAUUUUUAUUUCAACUUUCUACUGCGCCUUGAAAUGCACUUUAUUUGUCCUUUUCGAACACCCUUUCAAAAUUUUGUUCAAAUUAAAUACUUAAUAAUGAUUCAAUUUAAUAAAAUUUUAUACAACAUUUUGAUCAAAUGGAGAAGAGGCUAGUUAAUUUUUUUGGAAGAUAAUUAAUAGUUUCUCAAUAUUUAUUUCUAAUUUUAUGAUGUUGACAUUUUAUACCGAAUGCAUUUCUACAUUUAUGAUGUUUGAUUCAAAUAGCAAAAACAUUGUCAAAAAUAAGGUGUCUGACAAUGAUUAAUAGAAUUAGAUAAUGGAAACUGAUAUUCAGAACUAAUUUUAAACCUAGUAUUAAAUAAAUAUGGUUCCAUGCAUUUCUAUCACUGUAUUCCAUCUGAUCUCUUGAAAAAGUGUAAUCAUUAAUAUGAAAUUUUAUUGUACAAAUUUUAUAUAAGUAUAUCAAUUUCAUCUUCAUGAUACUGCCAUUUCAACAAUGUUGACACAUUUAUUUAUUUUUCCAAGUCACAAAAUUGAAACUGGUUUUUAUGUAAAUCUCAGUAAAUUUUAUAUUUGUAUACAUUUUUGAAAUUAAAACAUGUUGAAGUA